AUGAAGAAGAGAAAGUUAGAUAAUAUUAUUGAUGUGGAAUUGGUGACUGAGGAGGAUGUAUUGAAAUUAGUAAAAAAAUAUAAGUUAGAUUUAAACAAUCCUAAAUCGAAAGCUUCACAAAAUUUAAAAGAUAUUUUGGAAGAUUUUAAAACAUUAUUAGAAAAUCUGGUUAAGGAUAAAUUGCUAGAAUCUUACGACACCUUCGGUGGAUAUCGCUAUGACUAUAUUCUCAAAAACAACGUUAAUGUGGAUUUUCUGCUAAAAUUACACCAGAAAAAUGAUUUCGACAAAGUUUUAGAAUUUUUUAAGAAUAAAUUUAAGGAUGAUAGUACAAGCUUUGCUCAAUGUGUUGAAAACGAUUUGGGAAUAAAGCUGUUUGUUACGAGAAUAAUAAACAUAAAUAACAAUUUAUUAAACAGUGUGAUAAUUUUAUCAUUUUACGAUAAAAAAUCACAGAAAACUUUGUAUAAAAUUAAGCUCUUUUUUACAAAUGUGAAAUUUGGAAAGAAUAGAAAAGUCAAUGUAAACGAGUUUAUUUUAGAGAAAUUUGAUCAAAUUAAUCAAGAAUACCCAAAUAUUUCAAAUACCAUAGUUUUAUUCAAGUUGUUAUUUUUCAAUAAAAUCAACCUUUCAACUGAUUCAUUUGAUGGUGAGUCGGACUAUACAUGUAACAAUGAUAUAAACGGAUACCUAAUAAACCUAAUUUUAACGCAUCUGUGUACUAUUAACAACUACUCCAACAAUAUUAAAACGAUUCUUCUGUUCACCAAUUUACUUAAUUUCUUCAAUAAUCAUGACAAAAUUAACUUGUUUUAUUUAUCAAACUUGGAUAAUACUAAGUCUAAUACGCCGGUUACGAGUAAACAAUUUAGCGCUCAUACUGAACAAAGAGAAGCCAUAAUAGAUAUACAAGAAGAGGAGUCUAAAAGGUAUUAUAACAAUGAAGUGAAUAUGUAUAAUAACAGGUUAGUAAUGAGGAUAGAGAAAUACACUGAAUUAAAUUUAUUACGUCAUAUUGAACUUUCCUAUGACAGACUGAGGCAUUUUGUUUCUUUAACUCUUAAUGUUUUAAAUUCUGCUGCUUUAACCAAGGAUGAAAAAUUAAAUAAGCUGUUUUUAAGGCGUCCGCUGCUGUGUAAUUUUUAUGACCAUUUUCUUUCUUUCAAGUGUAAUUCGACUCAAAUAGUAGAUUUCACUAAUCAGCUAAGAUUUCUGUUAAAUUAUGGUUUAAAUUAUAAUCUAACACUGUUGCACAGUUUUAUACUUAGUCCCACAGCAUGUAUUACUGAUAAGGGUGAGGAAAGUGACGGAACCGAUGGAAUUAGUGUAUUAUACUUUGUAGUAAAUGAGAAUGGAGAAAUGAACAGCAGGAUAGAUUUGACUGAAGAGGUUGGGAAAUUAUCAUUUUUUCAACAUUUUUUCAAUAAUAACUAUAAACUCAUUAAGUCCAACAAUAUAUUAUCGUAUCUUACCCUAUUUGAAAAUGUUAUGGAGAAUGGUGGUGGGAAAGAGGAAAAGUUGUUUAGUUAUAGAAGCAACAUAAUUAAAGAACUUUUGGGGUUUAUAGUGAAAAAGUUGAAAAUAAAAGUAAAUUUGAAUACCAACAACUUGAAUAUAAAGUAUCCUCUAAUUACUGAAACUCAAAAGAACUUGAUAGUUAACACUAACAACCUUGUUGACAUUAUUAUGUCGUUGCAAUUGCCAAUUAAUGUACUCAAUAUAUACCCCCUCAGUGAUUCCUAUUCGUAUCUGAACUUGUAUGACAUACCGGAUACUGACACAUUUGAUAAAAACUCUUUGGAUAACAGUAUAAUCCUGCUGAUAAAAUGGGGAAAUGACCCGAAUUUAAGAAACCCCAAAACAGCUAGUUAUAUCAAUACAGCACUCCUUGCAUACCUGAUCAGUCUUCUUAAACGUCACUAUCAUAUUCAAUACCAAAUCUUGGGAGGGGGCAAAUCUACUAAAACUACUAAGUUAGCAAACAGUUCAGUUAAUAGUAAGAAUAAUUACACACCUGAGAAUUUAGAGUAUUACAUAGAGUUUGGAGGAUAUGUAUAUAAACUGAUGAUAUACAGAGAAGACAGUGAGGCUUACGAAGAGUAUAUACUUAAUGAAAGGUGUAAAAGUGUAAUAAUGAGGGACAAAAGCUUUAUAAACUGCAUAAAAUUGACUAAGAUCUUCUUUGCAAAGUAUUUGAAAAUUGAUAAUAACUCUGUGGUUAAAAGGCUAGUAUUGGAGUAUUACGAGGAGAAUGAGAGUGUGAGUUCAUUCACAGCAUUCAAACAAAUAAUAUGGAAUCUUGAUAAAGAUAAGCAUAACUUCAAUAGUCAGCAAAUCAAACAGUGUAAAUCAUUAUUAAAUCAUUUGAAUAGACAAUUAUUACCGAGUGGAGAAAAUUUGGAAAACUCGGCAAAUUCAAGGGAUAAACACUCCAAUAUUGUUGAAAAUCAGCUGUCUAAACAGAAGUUCGAUCUUAGCAUAAGAAUAAAAGCAGGAGAAAAUGUAAAACAAGGAAUAAGUUUUGUUAGAUCUUUGGACAUAUUUGAGGUGUAUUAUUACAAGUACGAAGUGUCCAACCAGUUCCAGAGAAAAUACUUUAAAAUAUAUUUAAACCUCAAAAUAAAGAAAUUCGUGCCUAGAUCGUACAUUAAGCCGAGUAAUUAUGUACAGCAAAUGGUAGUCUGUGACAACCACAUCAGGGAUGGGGAUAAUAUGCUGAUAAAAUCAAAGAAAUUACAAAAUCCCCCAGCCUUCUUUAUUAUUCCUAAUAUUGUACUUUUAGUAAAAUUAUUGUCUCAUUGUUUUAACAGCUUUAACAUUAAUUUUCUGUUUCAGUGA